UGUUUCGGAAAAAAAGGCCACAUGCAUUAAAUUAAUAUAUCAAUUGAAUUGUCGAUUCAGUUGCAAUUGAAUACUCCCCCUUCCCAAAGGCACACGGACGGGGUCGUUGUUCACUCGAGUUAUCAAAACUUGGCGAGUCGAACGUGCAUCCCAACAACAAGCUUGGCUCUCCAUCUUCGCAUGUAUCCUCAACGCUAUGCACUUCCCAUCUUCACCAUCAACCCAUGCAUCUUCAUCCAUCAUUUGACACAGCUCACAUGGUCCACCCUACUUAUAUCUUAUGCCUUUGGCCCCUUUUACAUCUCACGUUGACGGUCACGAUGGCCUAUCUUCCAUCUUUCCUUCAAGCGCUGAGAAUAAGUUGUGCCAUCACCCGUGUUUAUUAUCCUUCCGCCCUCGUGAUUCAGUCACGCCCUUCGCUACCCUAAAGCCUGAUCAGGAAGAACUCUUCCAGACCCUCGACAUUCAGCCCGACUCAAUCAUCGAGCCUAUAUUUCCCAUCAUACAAGGUCCCUUUUUCAUUCAAUCCCUCGAAAUUAUCCUCAACAGUUCCCAAUAUCGCACCUUUCCUUCUCACCUCAAGUGGCAUAUAUCGAUCAAGCUCGGCUGCAACAACGGUGCUUCCAUAUUCCGGCGUCUACAACAAAUCCCCAUGGAGGCCCCGCUUUGCGAGUGUGGCCACCAUACCACCUCUUCUCAUUCAGUAGCGGCGCAACCCCCUUUUUUUUCAAAAGACGUAAACAACGUAGUAAAAGAUAUUAAUUCGCCUGUUGCGGUUAUAAAGGAAAGCUAGGGACAUUGCUCAACCCAAAUGCUUCCCUGUUUUCACUGGGAUGUGAAAAAAUGAUCUGGGGAGUGCGGGGGUGAAAAGGCCGUUGUAGAGUGGCCGAGAUGUAUA